AAGAGGCGCGCGGAGGCGGGCGCCGCGCACACUGCCUGUGGCGCGCUGAGGAGCCGCACACGUGUCUCUCAGGGUCCGGCCCCGAGUUCCCCUUGAUCCUGACGGCUUGGUGGUCCGGGCUGCCCCCUCGGCUCCUUUGGUGCUCGCCCACCCCUGCCUGCUGCUCGAGGAGCCGCACUGGAAGGAGGCCAAGAAAAACUACUACACGCAGAAGCUGCAUCUGCUCAAGGAGUUCCCGUGCCUGGGCCAGGAGGGCCUGGACAAGAUCCUGCAGGUAGUGUCUGAUGCCUCAGGGCAGGGGGUGGCCAUCACAGGGAACCAGACCUUCAACAACUGGAACUGGCCCAAUGCAAUGAUUUUUGCAGCCACGGUCAUCACCACCAUUGGUUAUGGCAAUGUGGCACCCAAGACCCCCGCCGGGCGCCUCUUCUGUGUCUUCUACGGUCUCUUCGGGGUGCCGCUCUGCCUAACGUGGAUCAGCGCCCUGGGCAAGUUCUUCGGGGGACGUGCCAAGAGGCUGGGCCAGUUCCUCACCAGGAGAGGCGUGAGCCUGCGGAAAGCACAGAUCACGUGCACGGCCAUCUUCAUCGUAUGGGGCGUCCUGGUCCACCUGGUCAUCCCGCCCUUCGUGUUCAUGGUGACCGAGGAGUGGGACUACAUCGAGGGCUUCUACUACUCCUUCAUCACCAUCUCCACCAUCGGCUUCGGUGACUUCGUGGCCGGUGUGAACCCCAGCGCCAACUACCACGCCCUCUACCGCUACUUUGUGGAGCUCUGGAUCUACCUGGGGCUGGCCUGGCUGUCCCUGUUUGUCAACUGGAAGGUGAGCAUGUUCGUGGAGGUCCACAAGGCCAUUAAGAAGCGGCGGCGGCGGCGGAAGGAGUCCUUCGACAGCUCCCCGCGCUCCAGACAGGCCCUACAAGUGGCCGGGAGCACCGCCUCCAAGGACGUCAACAUCUUCAGCUUCUUGUCCAAGAAGGAGGAGACUUACAAUGACCUCAUCAAGCAGAUCGGCAAGAAAGCCAUGAAGACAAGCACGGCUGGCGAGAGGGGCCCAGGCCCUGGGCCUCAGGCAGGUGGGCUGCCAGCCCUGCCCCCUUCCCUGGCGCCCCUGGUAGUCUACUCCAAGAACCGGGUGCCCAGCCUGGAGGAGGUGUCCCAGACCCUGCGCAGCAAAGGCCACGUGUCCAGGCCGCCGGGCGGCGAGCAGGACGGGGCACAGGCCCCUGAGGAUGGCUCCCCCAGCUCCGAGGUGUUCAUCAACCAGCUGGACCGCAUCAGCGAGGAGGGCGAGCCGUGGGACGCCCAGGACUACCACCCGCUCAUCUUCCAGAACGCCAACAUCAACUUUGUCCACGAGGACGCCGGCCUCUCGGACGAAGAGACCUCCAAGUCCUCACUGGAGGACAACCUGGCGGUGGAGGAGAGGCCGCCGGAGGGCGCCAGGGCCGAGGCACCGCUGACCACGGCCGAGGUCCCCUCGUCGGACGAGUCCACGUUCACCAGCACUGAGUCUGAGCUCUCUGUGCCUUACGAGCAGCUGCUGAAUGAGUACAACAAGGCCAGUGGCCCCAAGGGCACGUGAGGCGGGGCCGGCUCCCCACCCCACCCUCGAUGGCUCCUUUGGCCCUCGCCCUGGGGUGUCCCGUGACGGCUGGGACCCCCGGAACUCUGGCGGGGGACAGACCUGGCACUGGGAGUGGGGGGCCAGGGGCCUUCCUUACCUUCCAGCCCCUCCAGUUCGAUGCCACUGCUGGGAUGGGGCCUGCUCCCCAGCUGAGCGGUGCCCUGGCAGUGAGGAGGCGGCUGUCCCCAGCGUGGCAGGUACAUGAUGGUUAGGACUGACCCCAGGAGGCCCGGGCCUCUUCGCCUGGUUGAAUGUCACGUGGUAUUAAGGGGCGAUGUCUGUGUGUGCCUGGCACCGGGCUAGAUGUUUCAGAGAGAAAGAGAGAGGAGGAGGGCUCUGCCUUUGGGGAGGUACAGUUCUGCCCCCUGGGGCGUGGGCAUUCCAGGGCCGCAGUGGUGGGGCCUGUCCCCCAAGGCCGCCUGUCUGUGCGAUGGCUGCUGGGGGUGGGGGAGGAGUGAGGAUGAUGACGGGCGGGUGCUGAAACGGUCCUGCUUCGGUGGACCCAGGAGACUGCUCCUCCUUGCUAAUUUCCUCAGACCUAGCCCAGAGCCCUGUUUCCUGCCUCGGCCUCCCUGUGGCCUGGUGAUGGCCUCUGUCCACCUCCACCCCAACCCUGGGAGCGCUGGGAGGAACGGAACGGAGGGCGUAGGGCCUGGGCCCCUGGGAGAUGGGUGCCCUGGGCUGGCAGCCAGGGAGCUCCAGGGAGGCUUGGCUCUAGCCAGUUCUCCCUGCCCAGCCCCGCCCUGGCCCAGGGUCUCCCCAUUCAAGUCCUCACCAUGCCCCUCCCUGUCCCACCUGCCGCCCCCCACCCCCCACUCAGCCAGAUCACUCUGGGCUCACACGUGGGGAGCGGCCAAAUAUGUGAAUCAAACUCCUAUCUCCAGCUCCUGCCUGUCACGCGCACACGUGUGUGUGGGGCCCAGCAGGAAAGGUGUUGGCGGGGAGCAGACGAUAAUGUGAAACUGUGCACGGACUCUGUUUCUGCUGAGAGGCGGGCGGGGCGCGCUGCUGCCCGGGUUCUUAGCGCUCCCUGAGGCCCCAGCCCAUUCUGAUCUGAAUGUUGUGAUUUUUUUUUUUUUUUCAAUGAACUGCUGUUUUUCUAUUCCUGGCACCUGUGGUUUCAGAACCGGUUACAGAGCAGAGUCCUGAGAACCGAGGUGUCCUGUACUUCCCGCCCCCGGCACUGGGCCCCAUGCAGGUGGGAGGGAGCACCUGUUGGCAGGUGAGCAGAGGAGCAAGGGGCAUCCAUGUGACCGGGAGCCAGGCCCCCAGCCCCGCCCUCAGCUCACCCUCUGCUGUGGGGGCAGAUGGGGCCAGAAACCAACCCCUCCCCCACCCAUGAAGGUGGUGGGCGUGUGUCCAUUCCCUACUGGGUGGCAGGGUGGGCGCCCAGCAGGGCCAGGCAGGAGCCGCCCUGUGUCUGAGUCGUUCCCACGAGCGCGUCUUGCUGCUGGCUGUCCCUGCAGCGCACGCUGUAUCCGCGGAUGGCAACCAUGUCAAAUGUAAUUUAUUUUAACAUUUUUACAAUAAAACAUGAGACAGAUAA